UAUUACUGCACGAGCUCUGCUGUGGCAGUGCGUGGUUAUUACUGGAAGACGAUGGAAACUAUUUGAAGACGAAUUACGAAUAGAAAGCUAUGCAAUACUGACGGUGUGAUGCUCUAUAUUUAAUAUAAUAGAGAAUAUAGUCAUUUAUCAACCUCUGCUCAUAUCUUGUCCCUUUGUUUUCAUACUGUAAAGAUAAAAGUACAUGCGUGCGUUACUCAAUUUCCAAGUUUAGGCUACUGUGCAACUGUUAUGGCUACAUUCAGCCAAACGUUAAUGAUACAUAGUGUCAAGGAGCCGUUGUUCAAGUGAAACAUUAUUCUGUGAAGUAAUGGGUUCUAAGUUGACCAGGCAGAGUAGUCUGGACCAAAUAGAAACCACAUUUUCCAUGAGGAGACGCCAGCGGCAUGACAGCUCCAGAGAAACCGAGAGGAGUGGAGGCAAGGGUGGCGGGGAGUUCUUGUUUACAUCCCUGAUGGUCAAGUCCGACAAGCUUCCAGGGAUGCUACGAAAGACCAACCACAGCCCCUACGUGAGACGGGUGGCAUGGAUCCGGGAAAUACAGAAGCUUAUCCGAGAAGAGAAACAAGAACAAGCAGUCGAAGUGCUCAAAUUGCUAAGAAAGGACUUGGGACUCCAGGGAACAUCCCUUAAUGAUAUCCUCUAUAAGAAUGCAGCCUUUCUCAACCUGGUGGAUCCAAUCUCCCAUGAGCUCCUGCUCAGCCUGGCCAAAGACAUGCAGUGCCCAAAGAGGGAGAAGGACACCCUGAAGUCGUCCGACAAGAUCUGCAGACAGCUGAUAUUCCACCUGACCCCUCACUCCAAGUGGAUGAGACAGAGCGUGCCCAGGAGGAAGUCGCAGGCCUGUCUUAAAACCACACUGAAGAAGAAACUGACCAACGAUGUGGUCAACCUGUCUGGCAUCCCUCUGUCUGGCCGAGACAUCCACCGGGUGGCCUUCUACCUCCGAAGUAACUGCGACUCUGUGUCGGCCGUGGACCUCAGCUUCACCGAACUGCAGGAUGAGAGCCUGCGCCUGCUGCUACCCUACCUGGGCUCCAUGCCCAAACUCACCACCCUGGCCAUCAACGGCAACCGUCUGACGGUGGGCGUGCUGAAGGACCUGACGGAGAUGGUGAAGAACCCCCUGCAGUUCCCCAGCCUGGCCUGGGUGGACCUGGGCAACAACGUGGACAUCUUCACCGUGCCACAGCCUCUCCUAGUGGCCCUGCGCAGACGCUUCGGCCUCCGGAGUAGCCUGCCCACAAUCUAUGAGUACAGUGAGGUGCAGGCCUAUAGUAGUUAUACCCUGGAGACCUCUAUUGAAGAACACAGCCUGUAUGAAGAGGAGGAGGGGGGAAAGAGGGAGGAGGAGGAAGGAGAAGAGGAUGAGGAUAAGCUGGAGCUGGAGUCGUGGGGUGUUGGGGAGAAGCUUGGGGGGAAGGUUGUAUCCACGAAUGUGGCUCUGCACUACUGUGAGAGGUGAAUGGUCAGAGCCAGCAUUGUGUAUUGACAAAUCUUUGUACCCUACUGUACCCUCACCUUGCCCUGAGUGCUGCCUCCUGUGUCAGCAUGCGUCAUCAUGACAGGAGAAGCUUGGGGUCACCAAUUUCAUAAAACACCCACUAGGAGAAAACACUGUGUUGUCUCUUUGUAUGUUCCGAUUGCAGAGAGCUAAAGACAGUUUCAGGAAAAUGUACAGUUCUUUUGUUGGUACAGACAUUGUUAUCCUAGGAACUGCAGUGACGUUGUUACUGUGUCGUCCUCCAAAUGUCAUUAUUUAUGAGCAAAGGAAUCUUAAACAACAGGAACAAGACAGAUUAGAUUUCACCUGACUGUUUUGGCUUUCUAAUGUCAAGUACUUUUUUUCUUAUGUAUUUGAGGUACUUUCAUGUAGCACAUGCAGACUGGAUCACACAGUGGGAGGGUUUGUUUGCAUAAAUAUGCUGCUGUAUUUUAUUGCACAACACACAACAUUGACUAAACGCUGAUUUCAGAACAGAUGGUUUUAAUUCACCAGAAUCCCGUUCAUCAAAGAAGAGUUUUUAUUUUCCAAGUAGAGCAGCCCCGAUGAGGCUGUGAACCUCUGAGUGAGCCUCAGCCGGCGAGUUCUGGGUCGGGUUGCCCUGGGCUGGGAGCUGGGGAGAGGACACACAGUCUGUCUGUCUGGGAGGGUUUGGGCAGCUGAUGAACUGAUUGCCUCCUCUGUCAGGUCGUGUUAGUGGUGACCAGAGACAGAUGCUGAGGAGAUUAACCAUUUUUCUCAAAGCAAAACGGAAUGAUCUCUCGAGUGCAUCGUCCACCGUUGGUUAUAUGGAAGAUUAUAUUUAUGAAUCGUACCAUAAAUAAAUAAGAUGUGCCCUACUUGUUCAAAUGAAAGGCAAAAAUAUUGAGAUGAUGAAUGAAUUCGUUUUUUCUUUCCUCUGUACUGCUGUUUGCACACAUAAAUGGACAGAAUUGUGAAUAUGAGGAUCAGAAGAAGCAUGUUACAGGUGUCCAUCACCUGUUCUCUUUAGAUGUUCUGUUCAGUGUUUAUUUUGAGCAUUAUUUUGUAUCUUUUUUUUAACUGACAUGACUGUUUACUGCAGCUCAACAAUAGUCUGCAGAGAUAAAGUUUUAAAUAAAUUAUUCAUAGUGUGUUUGUGCACUCAUGUGGUUGUCUAUGUCUGUCUGUGUGCACAGUUGUGUGGGUGUGGAUGUAUGUGUUUGUGAGUGCUCUGGACAUACCUGGUGUCCUCUAGAAACGGUUGUUUACUCGUUCGCACUUUAAAUACAUGUACAAGUCAAUGCCUGUUUAGACUGGCUCUAUCCAGUCACAACUCUCUAAAUGAAUGUCCACUAGAAUGGAUUGAUCUUCAUCCAAACCGCUAGAGUCACUAUGGCUUCCAACAUACUGCAUUUGUCUCUGCUUCCCACCUCAGUCUACUCUACAGUAACAUAUUAUAGAAUACAUGUUAUGACUGUCCUUGCUUACUGUAACAAAAUAAAUACAUGUCACAGUUCCA